AUGCCUAAGCGUACUAUCGACGAACGAAUUAGUGAAUAUCACAAAAAAAUUGAAAAAUUACAACAAAAGAAAAAUAAAGAACCAUCUUAUAAACGGAUUCGAGUAAUUCAGUCCUCGUCUGAUGAGGACAAUGAACAAGAAAAUAACGUUGUCCGUCGUCCUCUAACGGACCGAAUUAAUCGAGAAGGCAGCGUGACUGAACCUUUUCAACCUGAGGAGCACCAGUGCACUCCACCAUUACCUCUGAAUGACCCCGAGGCGAAUCCUCGCCAAAACAAUGAACCAGAACAUGAGAUAGCCGAGCCGGCGGUGGAGCAAAGUGCUCCUACGCCCGAUGAAACCGCACAAGCAUCCGCGGAUAUACCGGUAGAACCGGAGCUGCUUAUGGCUUUGGGCGAGUCCACAGAUGAUACACCUGAAUUUGGUAAACCAAUACAUGACAGUUUAGCUAGUCUGUGGUUACCUUUACUAAAAAAGGGCCUGCUCAAAGAAAACAAAGAAAAACUUUUAAAAAGUUAUUUAAUACCUGAAAAUUGCAAGCUUCUGCAGUCCCCAAAACUGAACGCAGAGAUCUCAGCUGCAGUAUCUGAAAUAGUCAGAGGGCGCGAUAAAAAACUGUCUGGUUUUCAACAACAGCUUGGCGCCGGCAUUACUGCACUCAAUAAGGGUAUGGAGAUCCUACUAAAUAGCGACAAUAAAGCCCAGGCUCUGACUCAUUUCAGUGAUAGCUGUCGAAUCUUGACAGAUCUUCACUGCGCUUCGACCAAGGAUAGAAUAAAAUUGUUAACUCCUAGCCUGGAAAAGAACAUCCUACAUGUAAUCCAAGAUUCCGAAAGAGACGAUACUCUUUUUGGUAACGUUUUGUCUGAAAAAAUUAAGGCGAGCAAAGCCAUUCAAAGACAAGGUCAACAGAUAAAAAAGACUGCGCCAUACCAACCCUCUACUUCCGGAUUUCGUCAGCCGACGGCAAACCGCUAUACCCCGCCGGGAAACUGGAGGGGUCCACCUCGCUACUCCUACCCCAACAGCAGAGGUGGACGAGGCAGCCAGAUGAGGAUGACAACGCCCAGGAGGUCGUACAAUUACAGCACAACUCCACCGGCAGCGAAACCUGCCCCUCAGACCAGGCCUCGUGCUCCAACUCAACAGUAAACCAGGGACCACCACCCCCUGCAUGCCAGCCUUACCCUGGGUGCCGCGAGGCUUUGCGGGCGGCGUUCAUCAAGCAGGGAACCCCACUCGACGCAGUACCUCUAAUGCUAGCCUCAUUG